AUGGCGAAUAAUAACGUAAUUGGCUCAGCAUGGCGUUCCUUUUGGCAUACCAUGACCUCCUAUGACCGCCACGCAUCCCAUGAUUCUCCCUACCGUACUGGUCGACACGUCCCCCUCAGCCAGAGUCGCCAUGAACCUCUCACAUCCAUUGCCACUAGCGCCAUCGAGUCUCGUGCAGAUCUUACUAAUCCUUACGACGAUGAACCGACCAAAGGCAGUGCUACUGAGUGGAACGGUUCCCCGACCGACGGCUCCCCCAGACCCUACUCCCCUGGAAUGAGAUCUACAGCUUCCAAACGAACUUCAAAUGAUCAUCCUGAUGGCACCCCGGAAAUUCAAAUGCAGAGCUUCCACGAUGGUGCACCCCCACCUCCACCUGUCGCUCACUCCUGGAGGAAGAUCGAACGGUGGUUGGAAAGCAACUACGAGGAACUGCUGGACAAUCUCGGUGAAGGAUGCACCCAGAACGAUAUCAAUGAAUUGGAACACGAGUUGGAUUGCAGUCUACCAUUAGAAGUGCGCGAGUCUUUGAUGAUCCACGACGGUCAAGAGCGCCCUGGUCUGCCUACGGGUAUCCUUUUUAGCUGCAUGUUGCUGGACUGUGAAGAAAUAGUACAGGAGCGUCGAAACUGGAAGACCGUCAAUGAAGAGUUCCUCAGCUCUUCCAUGAUGAACGCCCCCGUAUCAAGCUCCACUGCUAGCUCGUCUGCCGCCGCCGCUACUUCAACCCAAGGUACGAAUCCGCAAUGGCGCAAUGAUUUACUCGACCGCCAAGACUCCCAACCCCCCGGUGCUGUGCAAAAGGCAUAUGCCCACCCAGCCUGGAUUCCUCUUGCCCGUGAUUGGGGUGGCAACCACCUUGCGAUCGAUCUGGCACCCGGUCCUGCCGGUAAAUGGGGCCAGGUGAUCAUAUUUGGUCGCGACUACGAUUGCAAAUACGUUGUGGCCCGAUCCUGGUCCGCUUUCCUCGCUAUGUUUGCCCACGACCUGUGCAGCGGCAAGAGCAUUGUCGAUGAGGAGACGAACGAACUGAAGUUGAUCGAGUUCAAGUCACAAAACGUCGAACCGCCGUAUUUGGAAAUUCUGCGAUGGCGCGUUGAUCAAAAGUAUGGCCGUCGUCCACCACGUCGACGUGGUCCUGGCCCUAGCGGAUUGAGUGCGAAUGCGUCCGGCAAGUCUAGCACUCGAGACUCGCCAUAUGGUAGUCCAACCCGGGGCGAGGAACGAGGCCGAUCACCACAUCGCAGUCGUGGACCAACUCAGAGCCCCAAGGCGCCAUUUGGUAUCUCUAGCCCUCUCGCACGUGUGACCGAGGAAUCUUCAAGUUCUACUGCGACUCCGGGACCGACGAUCUCCGAGGACCCAAUUGAAGAAGAAAUCCAAGAGGACCAGGCAGAAGAUCUGAUGGAGAUAACCACACCCCAAAUCUCCAACAAGGAAAACGAAGGUUUCUCCGAGAAUACUGAGAAGGCCGAGAAGAGCGCAGACACCAAGUCAUCAGAGGUAGAUAAAGAGAAGAAGGAUGACUCUUCUCUGGACUCUGAAGUCCUCGGGGAAAUGAAGAACGUGGCCAUUUAG